AUGGAGAAUUCAAUUCUUGGCAUCCCAACACUUCCAGCCUUCUUCUCCAUAUUUCUGCUCAUCUAUCUCUUUGCUUAUUUUGUGGUUUUCCGCAACUGGGGUCCAAAACACAGACCAGAAGCUUCAAGCUGCCUAAUCUCUCUAGCUCAUGGCCCUACAGCAGCCAUUAUGUCCAUGUACUCAAUCCUCCACAGCCACAAAGCCCCCACCUUUGCCUCUCCCAACGACACUUUCCAAAACACCAUACUUGAAUUCAGCAUAGCUUACUUCUUCCUUGACCUCCUUCACUAUUUAUUCUUCUUCCCCAGUGAUGUCCUGUUCAUCCUCCACCAUUUAGCCACACUCUACGUGUUUACAACUUGUCGUUACGUGGUUCAUCAUGGGGCCUACGCUAUCCUUGUGCUUCUCUUUCUUGCUGAAAUUACAAGUGGCUGCCAGAACGUCUGGACCCUUGCAAGUUAUCGCAGGGCUGAUUCACCGGCUGCUGCCAAAUUGUACGACUUCUUGUCUCCUCGCUUUUAUGUUUUUUACAGUGUUUUCAGAGGGUUUCUUGGACCACUGUUCAUGUUCAAGUUGGGGUUGUUUUAUGCAAGUGGGGCAGCUGAACCCAAAAUUCCCAGAUGGGCAUGGGUUUCUUGGAUGGUUGUGAUUUUAAUUGCCAUCGGCCUUAGCAUAUUGUGGGUUUUGAAUCUUUGGAUCGAUUGGCACAGAAACAAAGUGCAGAAGAAAGAGACGUAG